CUUUUCUUCCUAUCCUGUCGUUUCUCGAUUCCUCUUCUCCUCUCCUUUUUCAAUCCUUCACUUCUCCAUCAUCAUCCGUAUUCACGCAUCAUUUGUCGGACCGUUUAUCGAGACUGUUCAGGAGCUUGUGACAUUCCUCAACAUCCCUGUUCCGGCCCGCAUCAACCACAUCUAAUCGAGGGAGUACAGUACCCUCAAUUCACAACCCCCUCCAACAAACAACAAACAACCAACGACCAAACACAUCCGGCAAAUCUAUCAACACAGGAGAGACCUGUUGUCCUCGAAACACCCACCCUCAAAGAAGGGCACAAAACAAGUUUUCUUCCUGGCCUCUGGCCCGUCAUAGCCAUUCGCUUUUUCCAAUAUGGAUAUUCUCAGAUCGGUAGAUUCCCUGCUCAGGAGAGAUACGGAAUCUGGUGCAGAAGUCCUCCUGGAUCUCCUGAAAAAUCCAUACGAAGCCCAGCUUCAACAAAAUUCCGUUUAUGCCAGUUUGGGUACGUCGAUCGGCUUCACGGUCUUCCUCGCGAUCGGAUUCUCCUUACUUCGACCUUAUAAUUCCGUUGUAUACUCUCCCAAGCUCAAGAUCGCAGACGACAAACAUGCGCCUCCGCCAAUGGGAAAGGGCAUCUUUGCCUGGGUCGGACCGGUUAUUAAAACAAAGGAGCAGGAUUUGGUGGGAUUGAUCGGACUUGACGCCGUGGUUUUCAUGAGGUGCUUGGGUAUGUGCCGGAAUAUAUUUUUGGUGAUGACGGUUAUUGGAUGUGGUGUGCUGAUUCCCAUCAACUUGAUUCAUGGGCAACGAUUCGCAAACGAGAAUACGCUCCAGAAGAUUACUCCGGUAAACACGUUCGAUGUUGCAAAUUAUGGCAUGACGGUUUGCGCCUGGCUUUUCAAUGUUACGGUUGCCGGUUUCCUGUGGUGGAAUUACAGAGCUAUUCUAAGAUUGCGGAGGCAGUACUAUGAUAGUCCUGAAUAUCAAGCUAGUCUUCACGCGCGAACAUUGAUGAUCAAUGAUAUUCCGAAGAAUGACAGAUCAGAUGAGGGAAUUGGGAAGUUGAUUGAUGCAGUUGUACCGACAUCCUCCUUCUCUCGAACUGCGAUUGCACGAAACGUCAAAGAUUUACCCGACCUGAUCGAGCAACAUAGUCGAGCAGUCCGAGAACUUGAACGACAUCUUGCAAAAUAUCUCAAAGACCCUCACAAUCUUCCUCCGCGACGACCAGAAUGCAAGCCCCACAAGGACGAUCCGAAUUGGGGUUCAUAUUCCAAAGGACAAAAGAUGGAUGCUAUCGAUUACCUGACAUCGAGAAUCAAAGAACUUGAAAUCGUGAUCAAGGAGGUUCGGAUGGGCGUCGACUUUCGCAACCCUCUCCCUUAUGGUUUUGCUAGCUACGAGGAGAUAGCCGAAGCUCAUAGCAUCGCAUAUGCUGCAAAGAAGAAACAUCCGGAUGGUACAACUAUUGUGCUAGCCCCAAGGCCGAAUGAUAUCAUCUGGAAGAACAUGCCUCUGAGCAAGUCACAGAGGCGCACUAGAAGAAUGAUCAACAAUCUUUGGGUUCUUCUCCUUACGAUUGUAUGGAUUGCCCCGAACGCGAUGAUUUCGAUUUUCCUCAUCAGUCUUUCAAAUCUGGGACACGUUUGGCCUGCAUUCCAAACAUCUCUUGCGAAUCACACAACCUGGUGGUCAAUCGUGCAAGGUGUGGCUUCUCCUGCCAUCACAUCUUUGGUUUAUCUGGUACUACCUAUUAUCUUUCGCCGCCUUGCCAUCAGAGCAGGAGAUCGAACAAAGACUGCUCGCGAGCGUCACGUUGCAGCCAAAUUGUAUACCUUCUUCGUAUUCAAUUUCUUGAUUGUUUUUUCGGUCUUCAGCACUAUUUGGACCUUCGUUUCUCAGGUCAUCCAAGACACAAAUAGUGGAACUGAUACCUGGUCUGCGAUCAAGAAGGAAGACUUCGGACGAUUGCUAUUCAUCGCGCUAUGCGAUCUCUCGCCUUUCUGGAUUACGUGGUUGUUGCAACGAAAUCUCGGCGCCGCAGUCGAUCUAGCACAACUGUGGACUUUGGUGUGGAGUUUCUGCGCUCGAAAGUUCUCUAGUCCAACUCCCAGAGAGAUGAUCGAGUUGACGGCUCCUCCGGCGUUCGACUACGCCUCAUACUACAAUUACUUCUUGUUCUACAGCACUGUUACUUUGUGCUUUGCGACGAUCCAGCCUCUGGUCAUCCCUGCUUGUGCACUCUACUUCCUCGUUGAUGUUUAUUUGAAGAAGUAUCUUCUACUCUAUAUCUUCGUUACGAAGACGGAGUCAGGUGGCAUGUUCUGGCGCAUGUUCUUCAACCGAAUGGUCUUCGCAACGAUGCUUUCCAACUGCGUUGUAUUCCUCGCAUGCUGGGUACACGGAAAUAACAUACACACCCAGGCCUUAGCGGUGGUGCCUCUUCCUUUCUUGAUGCUACUGUUCAAAUGGUAUUGCAAGAGAACCUAUGACGACAAGAUCCACUACUUCACUGGUAACCGCAGUCACCUGAAAGACCCUGAGGCUCUGCACAGCAAGAUUUUCGAUUCCAAGCGCGAUCGUCUCGCUUCACGCUUUGGCCAUCCAGCUCUGUACCGACCACUGAUUACCCCCAUGGUCCAUGCCAAGGCGCAAAAUAUUCUGGCUUCAAUCUAUGCUGGCAGGUUGACGGAUAGCAAUAUUCAGGGUUCUGCCGAUGCUUCCUCCAUGUCGGGUUACUCUGACACGUUUGCUUUGAAUCCUAUGCGAGCCGAUCAACCAGGAAAGAAUGCGACGAUACCCGGCUUUGAAAUGGUUCCAGAAAACCGGCUCGACUUUGAAUACUAUAAAGGCAGACAUGAAUUCGCUGAUGAGCAUGGUGGCAGUGGUGGUAUAUACGGCAAACCAGAGGAUAUCAUCCGCUCUGAUACACCAGGUUCAUCAAGCGCGUUCGGCACAGAUUCGAGACCUGGCACACCAACCCGCACUCCACCUCCCUUCGUCCCUGGCAUUGUUCCGGUGAGGAAUUACUCUGGCGUAUCUUACGAUGCUCAAGGCGAUGUCGGCUAUGGUCACAACACUGGUUAUGGUCCACCACAUACCAGCGAGACAUCAAACCUCGUCCGUGGCGCAGCAGAUGUCCCAUUAUCUACACCUCCUGUCCCAUAUGGACGAGAUGUAAGCGGAGAGCACAGGGCGCCAGGCUUCUUAGGUGGUGGACCACAAGGUUAUGGUGGCUUGCCACAGUCUGAGGUCGAGUAUGAUGGAGAUCCAACAAGUUAUGACUAUUUCAGAACGAGGCGACAGAAUGGUUGGAGUGGUGCUAUCUAAGCAUCGCUCCACG